GCCCAAGCCGAGGGGCCCCCUCUUUCUCCCUCUCCCUCUCUCUUUCUCUCACCCCGGGCCUGCCGGCCACCCUGCAGAUCUCCAGAUCCCGGGCCCGGCUCCCCAUGUACAAGAUGGAUUACUCCUACCUGAACUCGUACGACUCUUGCAUGGCGGCCAUGGAGGCGUCGGCGUACGCGGACUUCAACUCCUGCAGCCAAGCCAACACCUUCCAGUACAACCCCAUCCGAAGCAGCUUCGCCGCCAGCCCGGCUUGCCCGCCGCUCAGCACGGCCAACUGCACCCUGGGCGCCCUCCGAGACCACCAGCCCUCGCCCUACGCCACAGUUCCCUACAAGUUCUUCUCGGACCCUUCCACCAUCAACGAGAAGCGGAAGCAGCGCAGGAUUCGCACCACGUUCACCAGCUCGCAGCUGAAGGAGCUGGAGAGAGUCUUUGCGGAGACGCACUACCCUGACAUCUACACCAGGGAAGAGCUGGCCCUCAAAAUAGACCUCACAGAAGCCAGGGUGCAGGUCUGGUUCCAGAACCGCCGUGCCAAAUUCCGCAAGCAGGAGCGGGCGGCCAACGCCAAGGGCCAGAAUGGCAGCAACGGCGGCCCCUCGGCCAGCAAGAAGCCGGACCCCCGCUCCUCUUCGGAGGACGACGAGUCCAAGGAGUCCAACUGCAGCCCCACCCCGGACAGCACCGCCUCCUUGCCCAUAGCGGGCAGCCUGAACAGUCCUGGCGGCAGCCUUAGCCCCAGCCCGGGCACAGGGCAGCAAGCUCUGGGGCCCGGCCACACCACCCAAGCCCUCAAGGCGCCCCUGUGGGCCGGGGUCAGCACCAGCAACGGGCCCACCAACACGGCCGACCUCCUGAAGGCCUGGCAGCCGGCCGAAACCAUGUCGGGCCCCUUCUCUGGGGUCCUCUCCUCCUUCCACCGGAAGCCGAACCCCCUCAAGGCCAACCUCUUCUAACCGCCUCGGACUGAGUUCCGCCAGCCUGCUCCGCUGGGUGCCCCACAGAAUAGCUUCCCCUACACCCUCCUCUGCUCCUUCCUUAGCUGCUAGUUUUCAUCUUGCGGGGCGGGGCCCGGCUCAACCUUAAGGGAACAACAGCCAUCAUCUCGCCGUGUCCAGGAAACCACGAAUU